AUCUGUGGCCAGGGGUCUGGUGCUAGUGGAGUCGCUGCCCUCAGCCCGUCGUCUGAUAGCAGACCGUCGGCGGCCAUAGCCUUCCUCCACCGCCGCCAUAGUCCAUUUCUCCCACCCGUCGCUCUCUCUCAUCCGAUCUAUAUCUUGAAUGUCUACAGUCCGCCGGGACUUUUUCCCACUCGUCUGCCCGCCUUCCAUCGUGAUCAGAGAUCGAGAGCCGAUGAGAAGAUGCUCUUUCCACCGAAGCCCCUUGUCGGAUCUAUAGUCGGAGCAAAUUAUUCCUCAAAGCCACAUAUAUAUUUUUCCCUCUCGGCAUAUUCAAGCAGCCGUGCACGGAGGCCUGUCCGCGAGCAGCCGCUCCCCAACCUCCACGAACAGCGAAUCGAGCCAUCAGCCCAAAACAGCCGAGGAAUCGAAAACUCUCUCGGACCCCGUCAGCCUUCCUUACCCGACAAAUUCUUUACCGAGUGGCCUUCUUCCUCCGGUGAACAACCGCUGGCCGCCGCGCUCGAGCCCGGCACCGCACGUCACCAUUCUCUGUCAUCGCCGGGAGUCCACGCCAAGAACCCAGCCGCGAGACUCGUAGCCCAGCACCUCUGCGAACUUAUGGUCGUCGCUAGCGCUCAGCCACGAGUCGCCAUCGCACGC